GUUUGACAUUUCAUUUCAAUAACAAUUAUAACUAGAAGAAGCACAACACGUGUGUAUCAACGUUGACUUGAUUUUUUUUACAUUUUUUUCUUAAAAAGUUUCAUAUAAUUAAUAAAUAAUAAUGUCCUUAUUACUAAUCAGAAAACCUAAAACCCGCAAGGGUAAGAAAGUAUUAAUGGCCAGAGAGCCUCAGCUGAUAGAGGGGCCACGAUCCAUGUUAUUUGUAGAUGGUCGUAAAUGUGGUGGCGAUGUUAAAUCUUGCAUGAAGGAUCUACAACAAUUGAAGAAACCUUUGAUUAAGGUAUUAAAUCGAAACAAUGACAUUACACCUUUUGAUGACCCUUCUUCCUUGGAAUUCUUGACACAAAAGAAUGACUGUGCUAUGUUUGCAUUUGGUUCUACCUCGAAAAAGAGGCCCAAUAACUUGAUACUUGGACGUAUUUUUGAAAAUGAAGUACUGGAUAUGGUGGAAUUGGGUAUUAAGCACUACCAAGCCAUGUCCGAAUUUAAAAAUGACAAGAUUGGCACUUGUGUAAAACCUUGUUUGGUUUUUAAUGGCCCCAAAUGGGCUCAGACAGAGGAAUUGAGACGUUUAAGGGAUUUACUUAUUGAUACCUUCCAAAAAGAUAAAGUUGAGGCUAUACGUCUGCAGGGCAUCGAACAUGUUAUGAGUUUUACUUGCAACGAUGACAUGACAAUUCUUAUGAGAUCCUAUAAAAUACAAUUGAAAAAAUCGGGCCAGAAAACACCUCGUAUUGAAUUAGUUGAAAUUGGUCCAUCGGCUGACUUCUCAAUAAGACGUACCAAGAUAGCCUCAGAAGCAUUGUACAAACAAGCCCGUAAACAACCGAAAGAACUUAAAGAAAGCAAAACGAAGAAUAUCACACAUGAUAAUCUGGGCAAUACACAUGGUCGUGUUCAUAUGGGCAAACAAAAUCUGGGUAAGAUACAGACAAGACGUGUUAAGGGUCUUAAGAAAUCGUCAGAAGAAAGGAAGGCAGAUCGUCUAAAGAAAAAGGAAAUGCUUAAGGCUGCUGCUAAAGAGAUGUUAACAAAUAAUGAAUAAAAUAGUUUAUUUUUUUAAAUUAUGGUACUAUGUACAAGAUUUUAUAUAGAUUAGUUGAUAACAAAUAAAAUAAUACAUAUUUUGCUUUACAGAAGAAA